CUCAGUUGUCAGAAUGACCAAUUCAAGGGUCAAAAAACGUAUAUUUUAUUAUCUUAUCAAAAUUUAAUCGUAUAAGUUUUAAUUCUUCAAUAUUAAAAAAAAACAAAACAACAACAUUAUCUUCAAGAAGUUUCCAAUUGUAAAAUGGCUAAUAUACCAUUAGAUCCAAAUAAUGUGAUCUCUCCUACUUCUCUUUAUACACUGUUCUAUCUCACAUUCUGUAUAUUCUUUAUUUUUCCUACUCGUGAAUUCAUAUCGUUAGGAAUAACAGUCGAAGGAAUAUUUGAGUGGUUUUUGAAAUGUGAAUUUGAAAACUUCAUCUUCUAUCAAAUAAGAAGAAGUUGUGUCACUUUGAUUGUUCACUCUAUAUUGCCCUUAGGAUAUAUUUUAUUUUUACUCCUAUUGACAGAUAAGAUCGAUGUGUUGCUUGUCACUAAUAUUUGGAUGCACACAUUUCUCGUGUUUUCACUUUUAUUUCCUCUACUGAUGUGUUGUUUGAUUCUGUAUUGGAAUAAGAAGGGAUCAUGGGAUAAUCAUCCGAUUGCUAAAUCAUUACAAAGAUUCUGUGAUCCGAAUACUAGUUGGAGGCAACUCUCAUCGGAUAUAAAUAUUGAGUUCAGGAGCAUAGAUAAAGUUUCCCUACAGACAAGUACUAUACAUCGUGUAAUAGCUACAGAUAAUUGGAUUAUGAAAGUAUCGCCAUAUCGCCUCGAUAUAGCACAUCAGAGUGAUUCUGUCUUAGUGCUUUGUCAAGCUGACCUCCAUCAUGUAUCAGUUGACGGACAAGGUGUUGUACAAUAUUUAAACAUAGAAGUCAAGACAACAAGGCGUGGUGUUAAGUCAUUCUUUAUCAGGUGUAACGCAACAGAUUUUCACCUUCUGCAACACAAAGUUGAUCGGCCUAUUUCUAUAUUGCAAGGCAUAGUUUUCUAUAAGACUUUGACUGAGCAGUUUUUAGAAGUUUUUGAAGAAAAUGUUAAAAAAAAUCCUCCUUAUAUAUUGCCUAAAGAUGAACAGUUGGAUCAAUGCAUCGGGUGCAUGGUGGCGGAACCAUCGGUCAAGCUGGUCAAGUGCUGUCAAGAUCCCGAGCCGUGCACAAAAUGCUACUGUCGGCCGUUGUGGUGUCUCAGCUGUAUGGGCAGGUGGUUCGCUUCAAGACAAGAGCAAGAUCAGCCCGAAACAUGGCUUGGAUCAACUUGUACUUGCCCUCUCUGCCGCAGUGUUUUCUGUAUCCUGGACGUCUGCCCGCUUGAAAAGACUUCGUAAUUUUCUACCAACUACCUUUUCUACUGAGGUUCCUUGUGAAAUUAAUUUAUCUUGCCUAUUCAGUUAUUUUUAGUAAUAUAUCACAUCGAGCUAGCACAAAAAUUCAUUUCGGCAUUAACUUAGUAGUGUAUAUUUUUUUAGUUUAUUUUUUAAAAGAAGUGAUUGAAUUUAUUUAUUUUAAUGGAUAAAUGUUUUAUCCACAAUAUCUAUCUAGAUCUUAGGUAGUAAUGUAUGUUUAUUUUUUUCAGAUAUGAUUUUAUUUUCAGGAAGUUUGGUGCAAUAUUAAGAAAUUUAUAUGAGAAAAUAUUAUUAACUGCUAGUGGAACAGUUUGAUGAGUAAUAUAUUUAUAUAAAAUCUUUCUUGUUUACUCUUUUUGUUUAUAUUUUACUUCUUAGUACGUGGUUUAUCACAAUUAUUUUACGGAUAUAAUAAUAAGUAUUUUUAAUUCACUGCCUUUUUUAAUAUUAGUAAUAUUUAUAUUAUUAGUGAUACUUAUAGUUACAAAGUAGAUCAACUCACAUAUUAAUUUUGAUUAUUCAUUAAUUAUAUUUUUUUAAUAAUGCUUUAUUUUUUUCAAGAGUUCUAAAAAUAUAAAUAUAACAGCUACCCUAAAA